UCUGCAGAAUUUGGUGGCGUUGUAUCGUAAGGAUUUGGCGUGAAUUUUUACGUGAAUUUUGUUUCUGAAAGCUGGAAUGGAUCAGUUUCGGCAGGUUGGAGAGGUUUUGGGUAGUUUGAAGGCACUUAUGGUGUUGAAAGAUGACAUUUCAGUCAAUCAAAGGCAGUGUUGUUUGCUGCUUGAUAUGUAUAGCUUGGCCUUCGAAACUAUUGCAGAAGAAAUCAGAAGAAACCUGAGACUAGAAGAGAAGAACAUGAAAUGGAAAGCACUUGAACACCCUAUGAGAGAGCUUUACAGGAUCUUCAAGGAAGGUGAACUCUACAUCAGACAAUGCUUGGACAUCAGAGACUGGUGGGGCAAGGCAAUUAGUCUCCAUCAGAACAAGGACUGUGUCGAGUUCCACAUUCACAACAUGUAUUGUUGCUUCCCUAUUGUCAUCGAGGCCAUUGAGACUGCUGGAGAAAUCUCGGGUUUAGACCUAGAUGACAUGCAGAGGAGGAGACAGGUGCUCAUGAGAAAGUACGAAGAGGAGUGGAAUGACCCGAAGCUCUUUCAGUGGAAGUAUGGGAGGCAGUACUUAGUCCAUCGAGAGAUAUGCAGCCGGUUGGAGACAGCUUGGAGAGAAGAUCGAUGGCUGCUUCUCGAAACACUGAGGGAGAAGAAAAGUUUGGUACCAGCCACUUUGGCAAAGCAUGAGCAGAAGCUUGGGGACCUACUGCUUAAGAAAUUAAAUGGUUCGGAACCAUCAAAUGAGAAGCUUUUGCCCAGUUGGAUCUUAGUAGGAGCAAAAGAUUAUUUUGUGAAGCGAAGGUUGGGAUCCGGGGCAAGCCGGAUUAAGGAGAUCCAGUGGCUGGGAGAGACUUUUGCUUUGAAACAAUUCUUUGGGGAGAUUGAACCACUAACUAAUGAGAUUUCUCUGGUUCUGUCUCUUUCACACCCCAACAUAAUGCAAUACCUUUGUGGAUUCUAUGAUGAGGAAAAGAAAGAGGGUUUUCUUAUUAUGGAGCUGAUGAGCAAGAAUCUUAGUACCUUCAUAAAAGAGAAUUGUGGACAAAGGAAGCGCAUUCCGUUCUCUCUUCCAGUUAUGGUUGAUGUUAUGCUUCAGAUCGCGAGAGGUAUGGAGUACCUUCACUCUCAGAAGAUUUAUCACGGAUGUUUGAACCCGUCUAAUGUCCUUAUUAAAGCGAGGAAUGCACCAGUUGGAGGUUACUUUUAUGCAAAAAUAACUGGUUUCGGCUUAACAUCCAUCAAGAGGUACAGAAAUUCUCCAAACCAGAAUUCGGACAACCCUGUUAUAUGGUAUGCACCAGAAGUUCUGGCUGAGCAAGAACAGCCAGGUAAUAAAUGUAGUUCAAUGUACACUGAGAAAGCUGAUGUCUACAGCUUUGGCAUGCUUUGUUUCGAGCUUCUGACUGGGAAAGUUCCAUUUGAAGAAGCUCAUCUUCAAGAUGACAAAAUGAGCAGAAACAUAAGGGCAGGGGAGAGGCCUCUCUUCCCAUACACUACGCCGAAAUACCUUGCAAACAUAACAAGAAAAUGUUGGCAAGCUGACCCAAACUACCGCCCAAGUUUCUCAUCCGUAUGCAGGAUUUUGCGUUACAUCAAGAAGUGUCUCGUGAUAAAUCCUGAUCACGGUCAGCCAGAAGCACCGCCACCACUUGUAGAUUUCUGUGACAUUGAAGCAGGGUAUUCAAAGAAGUUCCCUGAAGAGGGAAAUCCUGAUUUGGCAGCAAUCUCACAAAUUCCUUUUCAGAUGUGUGCUUAUAGACUUGUGGAGAAGGAGAAGACUUCUGGGAGAUUUAGAGACAAGGGUUGGGAUUUAGCAAAUGAAACAUCAUCUUUUAAUGGGGAUGAGAAUGGGGUUGCCAUGGAAGAUCCGUUUCUGGCAGUUGAUGAAAGAUCAGUUUGUUCCGACUUUCCUGAAAGGAGACCUUUUUCAAGAUUUAGAGAGGAUCAAAGGUCCGUUUGUUCAGAAGCUCCACUGGGAAGAAUGUUAUCAUCGAAAGGAUUUGAUCAAAGGUCAGUCCGUUCUGAAUUCCCAUGGAGGAAACUUGACCAAAGGUCAGUUGGUUCUGAGACUCCAGGGAGGAAAUUCGAUCAAAGUUCAGUUGGUUCUGAGACUCCAUGGAGGAAAUUCGAUCAAAUGUCAGUUGGUUCUGAGAAUUCUGGGAGGAAAACUUUGUCAACUACAGCAGGUGAUCCAGAGAGAAAAAUGUUGCCAACAACAGAAGCUGAUCAAACCUCAGUUGCUUCUGAGAUCCCAAGGAAGAAUAGUUUGUCCACAAUAGCAGCUGAUCAAGUGUCAAUUGGUUCUGAGCCUGAAGAGAGGAAAACUUUAUCGACAUCAAUAGUUGAUCGGACACCAGCCAUUUCUGAGUUUCCUGAGAAGGGAACUCCAUCAACAACAGCAAACAAUAAAAAGUCAAUUUGUUCUGAUAAUCCAGAGCAGGCAACUUCACCAAUAUCAGAAAACAAUCAAAAAUCAGUUUGUUCCGAGUGUCAAGAGAAGAAAACUUCAACAACAACAACAAUAGCAUGUGAUCAAAAGUCAGUUUGUUCUGAUAUUUCAGAGAAGAAAACUGUGUCAAGAAAUAAAAAGUCAGUUUCUUCUGAAAAUCCAGAAAAGAAAGUUGUCUCGAAGAAAGGAAGCAAUCAAAGGUCACAUCAUUCUGUGAUUCCAGAGAAGAAAGUCUCGUUGAAGAAAAAAUUGAAAGAUGUAAAGGCCAGCAAGGGUCCAGACUCACCAAAAGGACAUUUGCCAAGAUCACCAUCACGGUCAACGAAAGGACAUUCGCCUAAAUCUUCAUCGAAGUGUUCUUGUGCUCGCUGUUCAAAGAUGAACAGAGAGAACCCCUUACCAUCUUUUAUGAGUCCGAUUGGACACGUAAGAGAUCACAGUGCAGACUCGGAGGAGACAUAGUUUAUCUUUCUUUCACCAUUAAUCAACCAAAGUUGCCAGACCUAUACAGAACUUCCAUACAUACUGCAGGUUCUUCCAAAAGGAAAAUGUGCAUAUAAUUUUUGUUUCAUUUUCCCACCAUAAAAACAAUGUAGUUUGCCUCUAGAAGGUAGGCGUAGUUGAACUUGCACACAUGUCCUGUAUCUAUGUUCAAGAAUAAUCUGUUGUAUAUUACUAGCUGGAAAAAGAUUUCUCUUGUUGACCAUAUGUUGCA